UGUUGUUUUCAAAUGUGUCAAAAGUCUCAAUAUGAAUUUACUCCAUUUCAACAAUGGGAAAUGGCAUUCAUUUAUGCUUUUGCCUCUACUUUCAAUCCACAAAAAGAAAUCGAACCUAGCUUUUAUCCCCUACCAGAGUUUACUCCUCAGGAUUUAGAAGAAGAAAUUCAAAAAGAAGAAAGUGAAUUAAUACAUAAAAUCAUCUGUGCUUCUCUUGGAAAUGCUUUAAAUCGCAAAAACUAUGUUGAAUCAUUCAAAAAUUCACUACACCAAAUUGUAGCAGAUAAAAUUAAAUCAUUUGAAAUAGAUUUAGAAGUGAAUCCUUUAAAUAAGCAAAAUUUUAAUUCGUUAUCUAUUGAACUUAAAUUAUACAUUUUACACUCUCUAAUAGAAUGGCAGUUACAAGAUAGCCGAGCUAUUAAAUCCAUUAUUGACCACAAUAAUCAACAUACAACAAAAAAUCAAUCUAAUCCUAUAAGAUCUUCUCCAAUUGGUAUAGACAGUAAAAAGCGUAAAUAUUGGCAAUUUGGAGAAUCUUGUUGGAUAUGGCGUGAAAAGGCGAAUAUGAAGGAAAGAAAUCAAUGGGAAAUAGUCUGUAGAAAUCGUCAAGAAUUAGAAGAAUUUGUUUCCUCUUUAUCUUCUUCUUCAAAUAAAUCAGAGAAGGCACUUGUUAAAGUCAUUCAAGAUGACAUUUAUGAAAUAGCAGAUAAAGAAAGACAAAAACGAUUACGUAAAGAAAGAGCUGAAAUGCGAAAACUGAUACCUGUAGAAAUUUCAAUUACCCCAACUCAAUUAAGAUCUCGAGGUGAUCGAAAUAAUAGAGUUCGGUAUAAUUAUGAUGACGUAUAUGAACUAGUGGAUGAGGAUGAGGAUGAGGAUGAGGAUGAAUACUAUGAAGAGGAUAAUAAAAGAAGGACAACUGAAGAUAUCUGUAAGCCUUUACAAGCACCAAUCAGAUGGAGUAGUCGGUUAAACAGUAAUAGACAACAACACAUGAAUGACAACAAUACUGACUUAGUCAUAAGUGAAGGUGUGAGUCAGGAUCUUACAUUAUAGAUAAUAGAGGCUUGUUUAUAUAUAUCAUAUUGCAUAAAAAUAAUAAAAUAGGAUUCUGUCGUCAAUUGCGGAGAUUAAAUUAUUAUU